GCUCCCACUUCGACAAAGUGCGCCGGGCAAGGAGGAGCGGUGCAGGGGGAAGGGACGAGGCAGCACCAGUGACGACGCCGCGCGCUCCCUGGACGCACGGGCGGCUCGCGAACAUGAGAGCGUCCCGCUCGUUGACAGAGGGACCCUGCGACUCGCUCAACGGCUUCUCGCUCGGCUAGCCAGCCAGCCGAACAAGCUUAGCUGAGCGUUAUUGUUCAUUUAGUUAUUAUUUUGUUGUUGUUGUUAUAUUUUUCACGGCCGCACGCGCGAAUGGUGUGGUUCGUGUCGCCCAGGCAAGGCAUGGGCGGUGAGUGCCAUGCGGGCAGCAGAGACUCGUUCCUAGCGAUGUCCCAUGGAGCACGGAGCAGCGACAGCAGCAACAUCAGCGUCGACUUGAAAUAAAUAGCGCGACCUUUUUUGUGUGUGUGUGCUCGGCUCUCACUGACUACCGCGUAACGCAGGAAGCAGGAGGAGACUUGGCAACUACCACUGAGAUGCGCGAACGAGGCUCGAGUACCUCGCGCCUCUAAGUUGUACGCGUAGACCCAGCCAGGGGUAAGAAUGAAUGUGUACAAUUCCAGCGUUACGCAUUCACAGCCAACGGUCUUGAGCCAUGGUGCGAUCGAGUCGCCUCUGCGUAACGACACCCUUCAUCAGCCGGAGCACGUGUCCCUGGAGUGGACCCUGAGCCUCGGCGUGUUCAUGUCGCUGGUCGUCUUCGUGAUCCUCCUGGGCAACUCCCUGAUCAUCGCGUCGGUGGCAAGGUUUCGUCGAUUGCACACGCAGCCCAACUACUUCAUCGCGUCGCUGGCUUGCGCCGACCUUCUAAUGGGCCUCAUCGUGGUGCCGUUCGGCGCCACGCUCAUCGUGUCCGGCACAUGGACGUGGUAUUUCGGCGAGACAUUCUGCGGCUUCUGGACGGCGCUGGACGUCAUGUGCGUCACGGCGAGCAUCCACACGCUGUGCGCAAUAGCCGUGGACAGGUACAUCGCCGUGACGAGGCCCCUGCGAUACGAGACGCUCAUGAACAAGAGGAGGGCCAGGAUCAUCAUCGUGUCCGUGUGGGUCGUGUCCGCGCUCAUCUCCUUCCUGCCCAUGCAGAUGGGCUGGUGGAAGGAGUCUUCUCGCAAAGCCACUGGCCUCAUGCAGGAGCACCUUCCCAACAACGGCAGCGGCCACGGCAGCAUGACCUGCGAGUUUGACAUCACUCCGGGCUACGCCAUCGUUUCGUCCGCUGUCUCCUUCUACGUGCCCAUGUUCGUCAUGAUCUUCGUCUACUCCAAGGUGUUUAGGGAGGCUCAGAAGCAGCGGGAGAAGAUAGACAGGUGCGAGGUGAGGUCCAACCACCAGCACCACCAACACCACCACCACCACCACCAACACGAGCACAACAACCAUCAGCAGCAGCAGCAGCAUCAAAUGGACAACGGGACUGGCCAGCCAGGCUACACGAGUCCCAUCGAGCGCAGGAGACCCACGGGGAGCAGCGGGGGCAAGAAGUUGUCGCAGAUAUUGUCGCGCAAGGACCACAAGGCUCUCAAGACCAUGGGGCUCAUCAUGGGCACGUUCACACUGUGCUGGCUGCCGUUCUUCGUGGUCAACAUCGUGCAGGUGUACUGCUCGUGCGUGCCGCGGGGCCUCUUCGUGAUGCUCAACUGGCUGGGCUACGCCAACUCCGCCUUCAAUCCCAUCAUCUACUGCCGCAGCCCCGAGCUCAGGGUGGCCAUGAAGCGUCUGCUCUGCUUCUGGAGGUCGCGAUCGCCCGGCUCGGGAGGUCGGGUCACGAGGAGACCCCUUUCCUGCGGGACGUCGGAUGGGGGUUUUGUCUCCAGCCCGGGAUGGACGUCCUCCAAGAGAACGUCGCAGCAACCCGAGACUUUGUCCUCGCAAGGUUUUCUUCUGGACGAGGGAGGAGGUGGGGGUUCGUGCGUCGUCACGAGCUGUGAAGAUGAAGGUACGGCCAAGGUCACCACGGCCCCAACUAUCAGCAACAACACAGCCACCAACACAGUCGCCACCACCACCACCGCGACUGAUGGUGGUGGUGGUGGAGGAGGUGGACAGGAGGCCCCGCAUGGAGACAAUGGGGUGUUGGACGCGAACGGAAACGCACACUUGUGCCAGUGAUGAGACGCUCUGUCUGGCCGCGUGAACUCUAAAGGCGUGUGGAUAUAUGAACUACAAUCAGCGUGGGACGCCUGCUGCCUGAACCCCGACCUCUAGGGGUAGGUGGUGAGUGGUGACAUGGGCACUAUGGAAAGAGAGACUGAAGACGAACACUCGAAAAUCUGAGGUGAGAAUGCCGAGGUGGAUGUUCGGAAUGUCGCUCAAGGGAGAGGAGGCGUAAUUCAGUUAUCAGAGCAUUUGCGGAGUUACUCAUCUUUUCAAGAAGGCAUGGAAGGUGUGCUCUGAGCGUGUUCGUGAGCCACACAGCCCAGGGACAUGAUCAAGACUCUCCUUUGACACUUCGAUUUCGCACGGUGUGGCUACGUGCGGUGCGAUAGAAGUUCAACGUGCAAAGGCCAAGGUGCUGCCCUGCGAUUUCUUGCUCACGCCACUGCUGGGAGAAGGGCCUCCACUCGGAGUUCUAGAGCGCUCCUCCAGAGGGCGUUUGGCCUACUCUUCCACGCUGGCGGGAUGUCUUGGCUAAGAGGUGGGGGUACCCACGCUUUACCCCGCCAUACGCGACCAUGCCCGUCGACUCACUGCGGUGUGUGAGACACGUGAGUUCGAGACGAGUCCUCCGUUGUUUCGACCUCUGCGCUUGGGAGAUCGCACCAGGGACCUCUGAAUUGCAAGUUCAGUGCGCUGGCCGUCAUACCACUGGUUUCGAACAACACACACACGGUUUCAAACAACAGAUACACACGGUUACAAACAACACACACACGUGUGUACGAACAACACACACGCGCGUGUACAAACAGCACACACACGGUUACAAACAACACACACACACGUGUGUACAAACAACACACACGCGUACAAACAACAGACACACACGGUUACAAACAACACACACACACGUGUGUACGAACAACACACACACACACGUGUACAAACAACACACACACACGCGUGUACAAACAACACACACGCGUGGACAAAGCGCACGGCUUCUGAGCAUCAUGCAACAAUCAUCCUGAACAAGUGCACCGUUGUCCUCUUGACUUAGGUCACGAUUUAAUCAGUAGGGGCCGGUCAGAAAUUUACAACAAACGAUACAAAACACGACGGGAGUACAAAGUAUAGGAAACGUAACCAAAUCACUAAAACAAUAAAACUAAAACUAAAUUAUUGUUUAUGUUACCAGGUAAGGCCCCACUGAGUUGUGUAGCUUCUUUUUCAGAAGCGACGUGACCACAAACGAUAGCUCAACGAAGUGGCUUAUCACGUGGACAUUUGAGCAAAUGUGGCCGACUAGAUAGGCAGCAGCGAUGCAGAGAAAGACGGCCGUGGUCUGGUUUCUGCUUGUUAGGACUCAUCAUCACAAUAUAGACCCCAAUGCUCACUCUGGCACAGUUCGCCUCGAGACGACCAAAUAUGUGGGGUGCCCUGCAAUGGGAUUCCGUUAUCAUUUACACGUGUGAUCAUUAGACCACGGCAGCAUCCAUCACCCUUGACAUUUCAUUUAUCUAAUGUUUCUUUCCCACGCAACCUUUGCGAUCUUCCCUCCCUGCCCCACCACCACCACAGACCAUUGUACGUCGUCUUCAUGCCGUGUAAGUCCAGUAGUGGCAUUACGCACCCUUUUACAAUGUGCUGACGACUUUCGGCCUGCCGCAGCUGUUAUGCCGCCUCUGCCAGAUCUCUGCUGCGUGUAAUCUUGCUGCCGUUACCGCUUGGAUGCACACAGCCUUAUGUCAUGAAGACAAAACACCCACUCAGGAUUUAAGUGUGAGCAUUUAUACGAUUUAUUUCGAUAUGUUACAUAUUAGGCGCGGGACGAGAUUUGCCAAGGGUAUUUGCUUCUGUGUAUCUGUUUAAACAAAAAAAGUAUUUAAAAUAAUUUCCCCAAAUUUUCCAAGUUGUCUUUCAGUCUACAUAUGGGAGAGUGAACGAUUAAGCGUAUUUACAUUAUAUAACAUGUUUGCACAUGCAUACAACUGUACAUAAUGUACUGUCCUCCACCAUCCACCUACAACUGCCACGACUAAUCCAAUGUGAGGAGGCCGUCAUCCAACAGUGGAUUUACAAAAAUGUUUGAAAUGUUUCGACUGCCCGUUUGGAACAGUGACAGAGUGCGAGGUUCACACGUGGAAGAUUGAGAGUUCAAAGUUCAGUCACGUGUUGUGACCGGCCUAUUAUCCUUCUCGGCAAGGAGGAAUCUCGACCACAAUCACGGCCACAACGACCACGUCGGGUCGGGCGGGGGUCUUCGCCUUUCACCGGACGAGCUCAAUGACGCAGCAAGGGCGAGCCCUUCAUCGUCUUCUUCGUCUCCUUCCUUGCGCAUUGCUGCUCCGCACUUGUGUGGCGCGCGAGUGGGUCCUGUCGGGGUUCCUUCGACGGCGCGAGGAGCAACGCAAAAUGCGCGCGGAGGGACGCGGAAUGGAAACUUCGCACGUGUUGGAUGAUGCUGCGUGCCUCUGUUGCACUUUCUGCCGCGCCAUCGUUUGCUUCUGCUCGCCGGUGAUUCUCCAUGGACUCCUCAAGUGUCGCAUUCUUUCUUUCUGUGUUGACGCGGGUUGUCGUAGUGUGCUCCGGGCGACGAAUGAUACCAACCGUGGUCAGCUUCGUCGUCGCUAUUUGUGGUGCGUGCGUCGACGCGUCAUUGAUGUCAGAGCGCGUCUCUGAUGAGUCACGGGAUUAAUAUAAAACGAGCUCAUUCAUGAAUUCACAGCGUUAGUCGUACAAGAGGCAGAUGGCGUCUUAAUUGAGAUGCGAUGUAUGUUCAGCAAAAAAAAAACGUUUGCCAAAAAGCGUUGCCGAAGCAAGCGUUGAGUCCCCCCCCCCGCCUGGCGCCCUCCGUGGUUGCAGAAAACAAACAAAAAACAAGCACACGGUUUCAAAUUCUCUCAAAACAAACACUGCAAUAACGACGAUGCAGUUUAUUUACUGGUCUAAUUACACGGAGGGUGGAACGCAACCACGUCAGGAGCGCAAGUGACCGCACGCAAUUCUUUUUUUUUACCGGACGAUUUACUCACAUUACGAACGUUCCAAGAGACGUCCAUCCAACAGUUGCUCCUAUUACAAUAAUCCCUCGGAAUUAAAUGAUCCCCAUCACUGUGUGCUCAAGGAGCUGCAGGGGACUUACCCCCGAUACCAAGGUCUGAGUCGCAGUGCGCCUGAUCCUGUCAGAUCUCAGAAGAUGCGGCAUCGUGCAUAACAGGUGUUAGAGGCUUGCGCGGCUACGUGGUGGGGAGCAGAGGGCUGUGCAGAAAAAAAUAUUGUCGACCAGGCUUCUGUGCUGUCGUGUACUGACCAGCGCGGUGAAGUAUGGUCAAUCCCCCCCUUCACCCCUCCUCACCCACGAUCUGCACGAUGUAAAGAGGCCCUCAUUGAGCAGUGAAUUGACAAAGGGCUGCACAUGUUUUCGCAAUUUAUAAUACCGAAUACAUAUAGACGAGCGUUCUCAAAGACUGAUUCCCAUCCAUGUCGGGGGCAAUUUCACAGAGUGACUCUUUUAUGUAGAAAGGAAAAAUAACCCCAGGGCAAAUAAAACAUGCUGGCAAGCCACCCCAUCAAGGGAGCCUCUGUUUUGUUUGGAUGUAUGACUGUACACAGAAACCUGGUCACUGAAAUACGCAGACACACACACACAAAAACAGACUCGCUUUUUUGGCUCGCACGUCAAUCACACUCACGACAACAUGAGAGUGCAUUCAGUUUUCAAUUAAAACAUUUCUUUUUUUUAAAGUAUAUAUUUCAUUUCCAAUCUUGUUAAAAACUAAAACGGCACGGGUCUCGGCAUUGCCUGGGGUAAGCUGUGGGAUACAUUUCAGAGCGACUUUUUUGGUAUUUUUAAUGGAAUUAUGCGCUGUCUGUUGAUUGACGGACACGUGGAUACAAUACGGUAUUUCCUAGGCAUAAAAACAAGUAGCCUGUUGACUCCCUAUUCAAAAAAGAAGUGAGAUUAAUGUUUUUCAAGGCAGCUGGGUGUUCUCAGUGGCACUGUUCUUAAAUGGUUUCCUUAAAGUCCGCAGAAGCAAUGGC